AUGACCGAUGCGCCUCUCUCCGCUGCCCUGGCCCGGAUGGCCUUCACCGGCCAGCCCACCUCCUCCAGCUGCGACGCGCUCACCGCCUCGUCGCACGCCUUCCUCGUCGACGCCUGCAUGACCUUCAUCCGCACGCUCGGCACCGAGGCGAUGCAGGCGGCGGCGCACGCGGGGCGCUCGCAGGCAAACCUGCUCGACCUGCUCGCCGCGCUCGAUCUGCUCCGCACCAGCACGCCCCAAGACCUCCUCCGCUUCAGCAGCGUCGCUUCGACGCAGCCGCGAUCCGUCGUGCAGACGGCGCCGCCGGCGGGGCUCUGGCCGUCGGUGACGGCGGCGGCCAUCGGCCGCGACCGGAGGCACCCGCACAUACCCGAGUUCCUGCCCGCGCUGCCCGCGGCGCACACGUACGAUCGCGUCGCGCAGAAUGUGCGCCGGCCUCGCGACGGAAAGGCGGUGCGCAAGGGCCUGUCGAAGAUGAGGCGCGCGGCGCGCGGGCAGGUGACGGCGCUGGCGGCGCCGACGGCGCGGGCGGUGGCGAUCGCCGCCGACGCGGAGGCCGCCGCGCUUGGAGACGGAGAGCCACACUCCCCGCAGCCCCGCCGCGCCAGCGCCGCCGCCGCGCCCCCGCCCUCCGUCCCACCUGUGGGCGCGGCGGCGGCGGCGAUUAGUGCGGAGCUCGCGCUGCCGUGUGGCGCGGUGGAGGCGGGCGCAGGCGGGCCGCCGCUGCCGCCGCCCGCGGAGGUACCGUCCGGUCGCGCGGGUGCCUUGCUGCAGCUGCUGCACGCACGAGGCUUGGACGAGCCGCACGCGGGUGAGGCAUGA